ACCAGGCACCUGCCCUCAUCUGGGACUUUACCUCCUCUUGACUUGUGCAAAAUCUCGUCUCAGAUAUUCUACCUGGAGGGCAGUGCAGUUGGAGAUGUGUUUCAUAGUUUUUCGUUUUUAAAGAGGAAAAGCUCGAUUUUAACGCACAAUCUACAAGUGUCAUAUCCUCGAAGGGAUUAUAUCAAACACUGUGCAUGAUGACUUAUAUGGGGAUGUGGUGCGUUUUAUGGUUCGUGGCAUUCACUCUCACUUCUGCAGCGCUAAAAUCUCACCAGCGAGUUUUGGAGAUGACAAAGGAGCAAAAUGAAACUCUGCAAAUGGAAAUGGAUAAUCAAGUAAAUAUAUUAAGUCAGCUGCUGGGUGAUUAUGACAAAGUGAAAGCGCUUUCAGAAGGCUCUGACUGUGGCUGUAAAUGUGUUGUCAGACCUCUGAGCGCGAGUGCGUGCAAGCGGAUCCAGGAGGGUAACGCGACGCCUCAGGAUUUCUACACGGUGGAGACCAUCACAUCAGGACCUCACUGCAAAUGUGCAUGCAUCGCUCCACCGUCAGCUAUAAACCCAUGUGAGGCUGACUUCAGGUUGAAGCGGCUGCAACAGGCUGGUAAAGAUAAUAUCAAGCUGUCCACAGUACUGGAAUUGCUGGAGGGUGCCUUCUAUGGCAUGGACCUACUGAAAUUGCACUCGGUCACCACAAAGCUUCUUGAUCGUGUGGACAACAUAGAAAAAAUGGUCUCCAAAAACCAGACUGAGGAGAGGUCAAACACAAGGAGUACCUCUCCAAAUCCACAGCUGCCCACAUCCUCACCUACAACUCCACCCCCACGACUGCAGGAGACGAAAAAGAGACAGAGGGAGCAGAAUGACGAGGCAGCUGCUUUUCUGCACAUAGAGAAUAAGUUUGAGGAAAGGUUUGUUGGAGAUCUUCUAAAGAGGACGAGUGAAUCAGACCUAGACAAGGCCAUUGCAACCUUGCAAGAACAAGAGCGUCAUGGGAGGGAGAAGCACCCAAAAAUGAUUGUUAAGGGGAUGACAUUCUAUAAAUCUGACUCAGUGGAAGAGGCAGACACAGAGGAGAACUUAGAUGAGAAUCUCAGUGGUGAUAGCCCAAUGGACCUUUUUGCUGAUGAACAACUUCUUCAUUACAAAGCUCGACACUUCAGGCCUGUCAUCAGAGCAUGGUCUGUCCCACCCAAACCCAAGACUGAAGUUUCAAAAGGGGGAACUGCACAAAAUAGCUUUCAAUCUCCAUUCACUGGACUGUCAGACUCUGCCAUGCCAAUUAAGAGACCUUCUGACCCAAUAUCCGUUCUGGCUCGAAUGGCUCUUUCCACCAUUGAGAGCUCCAAAGGAGAUGAUAAAACAACACCAACACCUGCUGCGAUGGAUAAUUUGAUGGUUAUAAAUUCUGAGAAACAGACCAAACCUCAGACCAUCAUCAAUAAAAUGGAGGAAGCAAGCAACAUGGAGCCCUCAACUCCAUCUGUAAGACAGGCUCAAAAUAUUUUGGUCAGGUCAUCCAAUCUGAGCCACAUAAGGACAAAUGAGUCAGUCACAGCAGCUGUUGCCAAUGUAAUGACUACAGUGCCAACCAUUACAGAGAUUAUAACCAAAGGGACAACUGAAGUUGCAACUGUGACUAAAAAAAUCUUGAAAGAAGAUGUCUUUCAAACUGGUAAACCUUUGUUUUCAACUGAGAGUAUAACUCAAGAACAAACUCUCCAUAAGCUACCCGCCUCCAUUACAGAAUCACCAUCCGACACAUUAACAGCAACAGAAAACACCUUGGGCUCAGCUGCUGGCAUAAGAGUAGCUAACACCUUGGUGACAACACCACAUAUCAGUAAAAGUAAGACAGACUCUAUCACUUUCUUAACCAAGAUAAAUCCUGAACAGACCUUUACCUCCAUGGCGUCUUUGUUCACAACUACUUCGCCUACAACAACUACUUCGCCUUCAACUACUAAAACAACAACAACAGCAACCACAAGCAAAACUGGCAAACGCAAGUAUAGCAUAAGCUGGGAGGAAGAGGAAGUGGUAGAGGUAGAGGAGGAGAUGGACAGAGGGACAGCUGUGAAAACUGUGGUGGAAGAGAACUUUAAGGAGGGACCUCAAAAGAAGCCAGGACUUUGUAAGGACACCUUGGCCACAAUCGCAGAACCUGUCACACAUAACACAUAUGGUCGCAAUGAAGGCGCUUGGAUGAAAGAUCCGCUGGCUCAAGAUGACAAGAUAUACAUCACAAACUAUUACUAUGGCAACAACCUACUGGAGUUCCGCAACAUGGAUAUUUUCAAACAAGGUCGCUUCACUAAUUCCUACAAGCUGCCUUAUAACUGGAUUGGUACUGGCCAUGUGGUCUACAAUGGUGCUUUCUACUACAACCGCGCAUUUUCUCGAGACAUUAUCAAGUAUGACCUCCGGUUGCGUUAUGUGGCUGCCUGGACCAUGCUGCACGACGCGGUCUUUGAGAACGACGAUGUGUCCGCAUGGAGAGAAAAUUCGGAAAUGGAUCUGGCCAUAGAUGAGAGUGGACUUUGGGUGAUCUACCCUGCUCUGGAUGACGAGGGCUUCUUGCAGGAAGUGAUUGUCUUGAGUCGACUGAACCCCAACGAUCUGAGCAUGAAGCGUGAAUCCACAUGGAGGACUGGACUCCGCCGCAAUCGCUAUGGCAACUGCUUCAUCGUAUGUGGCGUUCUUUACGCAACAGAGAGCUACAAUCAGCAUGACACCAAUUUGUCCUAUGCCUUUGACACUCACACUAACACUCAGAUGAUCCCUCGCUUGCCUUUUAGCAACAACUAUACUUACAUAACUCAGAUCGAUUAUAACCCUAAAGAGAGGGUGUUGUAUGCCUGGGAUAACGGACAUCAGGUCACUUAUAAUGUUCAAUUUGCAUAUGUAGACCCACUGUAGACCAAAAUGAU